AGCACCCACCGGCCCGGAAGGAGCUAGCGCGAACUAGGGCCGCGGCAGCCAUCGCGCUUUGCAGUUCGGUGUCGGAGUGAGUAGGGUCGACGCUAAGCAAGGAAUUGUGUUCUCUCCGAUCGCAGGAAUCAACUGAUUGCAAGAACAAAAUUCUGCUUACGCUAAUUCAAGUAAGAAGUUAAUAGAAGAGGGGAGAAUCUAUUGCCAGGAUCCAGGGGAUUUCCUAGUAAACACUGCUAGGCCUUGUACAGACUGGAGUAACAUGAUUAAAAUUUGAAAAUGCAGAAAGAUAACAAACCCAGAAAUUUACUAUCUGGUACCAACUGCUACAAAAGAACAAAAGAAAAAGAAAAAGGGUUUUUACUCCACAUAGACCCUGUAAGAUUUGGCUAUGUCCUUCAUAUUUGACUGGAUUUACAGUGGUUUCAGCAGUGUGCUACAGUUUUUAGGAUUAUAUAAGAAAACUGGUAAAUUGGUAUUUCUUGGAUUGGAUAAUGCGGGAAAAACAACAUUGCUACACAUGCUAAAAGAUGAUAGACUUGGACAACAUGUCCCAACGUUACAUCCCACAUCAGAAGAACUAACCAUUGCUGGCAUGACAUUUACAACUUUUGAUCUGGGUGGACAUGUUCAAGCUCGAAGAGUAUGGAAAAACUACCUUCCUGCUAUCAAUGGCAUUGUAUUUCUGGUGGAUUGUGCAGACCAUGAAAGGCUGUUAGAAUCAAAAGAAGAACUUGAUUCACUAAUGACAGAUGAAACUGUUGCUAAUGUGCCUAUACUGAUUCUUGGAAAUAAGAUUGACAGACCUGAAGCCAUCAGUGAAGAGAGGUUGCGAGAGAUGUUUGGUUUAUAUGGUCAGACAACAGGAAAGGGCAGUGUAUCUCUGAAAGAACUGAAUGCCCGGCCCUUAGAAGUUUUUAUGUGUAGUGUGCUCAAAAGACAAGGCUAUGGAGAAGGCUUCCGCUGGAUGGCUCAGUACAUUGAUUAACACCAGCCCGCAUCGGUUCAAGGUCUCACCAUUCAGGCCUACUCAGAGAUUUGAUCACUCAACAUGCAUAACUUGAAUUCAAUAGACUUUUGUUGGUUAGAAAACAGAUGGUUUUUAGAUUAUUAAUAUUUUAUCAACCUAAUUUGAGUGAGAAUUGAAGACUGAUUCAAGUAAGCUGAAUAUCACAAUGUAGCUUUCUAAUUCCAUAAAAAUAAUUAGAUUUUACAGUUUAUAAUCUGACAUUACCCCCAGCACCAUUUUUAAAGAGCAACUUUCCAGACUACCUUUGAAGCACUUUUUAACAAUAUGAAACUACAAAUGUAAACCAUAUUUAAAAGUUCAUCAUGUUAAACUUUCUAUGUACUUUUUUGGAACUAGUUUUUAAAUUUUAGAUUAUGUGUCCACCUAUCUUAAGUGAACAGUUAAUAAUUAGCUUAUUGAUGACUGCAUGAUGCCUUACAGUUUUCAUUAUUUUUUCUUAUGCAAACGUCAUGCAAUAAAGCAAACCCUAAUGUCUGGCA